AUGGCAUAUGAUGGAGAAAAGGUUCAACAAUCAUUAACAGAGAAGCAAAAAAUCCAGAAGAAAUAUUUUGACCGAGGAAGUAAAACUUUAACACCGUUACAGGAGGGAGAUAGUGUGAGGAUGAGAUGCGGAAACACCUGGGAACCAGCCAGGUUAGUGGGAGAAUCUAAACAAUGAGAACCUAGAUCGUUUGCUGAGACCGCUAAUAACAAAGAAUACCGGAGGAAUAGAAAACAUAUACUAAAGACUUCAGUAGAAAUUCGUUCAAGUCCAGAGAAGACCAGUACAAUAUACAUGGAAGAACCUGUUUAUAGUGAGUAUGAUACAGUGGGAGUAUAUGGUGAGAAGCAAAUUUAAACAAGUGUCAGUAGCAUACAAGAAGAAAUUAAUGGGACAUUAGUGAAAUCACCAGUUGCAAGUAAAGUUAGUGGCAGAGUCAUCAGAAGACAUGCCAGGUAUAUGUCUUGAUUUUGUCUAGUACAUCAGUUUAAUUCAUUAUAAUGUAUAUUAUCUUAAUGGUUUAAAAAAAAACGAACAAAAAAAUUAUAGCCGUUAAUUGACAUCUUAGAAACAAGUAGCUUAUUGACAUUGAUGGGCAUUUUUCAUAUUUAAAACUUUAAUAGUAAUCUAGUAGCUUAUUAACACUUAUGGAGAUUUUUCAUAUUUAAAACUUUAAUAACUUAGCUUAAUUAGACAUAGAAAGGAGGUGUAACGAUAUAUGUUUGGGUUACAUGCGCUGUAGAUAGUAUAAAUAAGUUGAAUGAGGAAUUCAAUACAUAUGACAUACCGCCAUCUCGUAUUCGGAGUUAUUACAAUAACCUUAUAGAACACGCGAAAAGCUUGAAAGUGAGGAGGAAAUAACAACACAGAAACGAAGGGAAUUUGCGGGAAUAACCGUCCAUAAGGAACCUCUCUAUAUUCGGAUUAAGGCUCCAAAAGCAGAAAAGGACAAACAGGAGGAAAAUAUAGAACUUGAAACAGAUCCCGGAAGACGCAAAAUUAUGCAAGGGGGUAGGGACGUUGCCGAACAGGGUAUAGUUAACGCCAACCUAGAGAUGGGUCAACAACCCGAAUCAAAAGAGGGAAUACAUAG